CCGGCCGCUUGCUCUGCUACCGCUCGGCUCGGCUCGGCUCGGCAGCCGGGAGCUCAGGCGGCGGCCGGGGCUGCCUGGGUCAGCGCCUCUCGCCUUCCCGCCGUCGUACACGCGGAGCGAGGCCGGGGCCCCAAGCGCGAACGCGGAGUCCCCGGCGCCAGGAGGGGCUGCAGCCGGUGGGCAGCGGCGCGCGGGGAGGGGCCGCAGCAUCCUCUGCCCCCGCGGCGCCCGGGUCUGGAGAGGAGGGUGCCGGGCGCCCGGGCGCCCGCCGUUCAGCCUGAUGCUGGAGGGGCGAAGGUGAGUGACGAUGGUGGAGAGCACGUGACCUGCACGGACCCUUCUCUGCCCACCGAGUGGCACCACCAUGCAGAAGCCCAGUGGCCUGAAGCCCCCCGGCCGUGGGGGGAAGCACUCAAGCCCCAUGGGCCGGACGUCCACUGGAUCAGCCUCAGCCUCUGCCACGGCGGCGGCCACUGGCUCUAAGGAAGGCUCCCCGCUGCACAAGCAGGCCUCGGGCCCCUCCUCCGCGGCCCCCGCCGCCCCCGAGAAGCCCGGUGCGAAGGCGGCGGAGGUGGGCGAUGAGUUCCUGGGGGACUUCGUGGUGGGCGAGCGCGUGUGGGUGAACGGCGUGAAGCCGGGCGUGGUGCAGUACCUGGGCGAGACGCAGUUCGCGCCGGGCCAGUGGGCGGGCGUGGUGCUGGACGAGCCGGUGGGCAAGAACGACGGCGCCGUGGGCGGCGUGCGCUACUUCGAGUGCCCGGCCCUGCAGGGCAUCUUCACGCGGCCCUCCAAGCUGACCCGGCAGCCCACGGCCGAGGGCUCGGGCAGCGAUGCCCACUCGGUCGAGUCGCUGACCGCCCAGAACCUGUCGCUGCAUUCGGGCACGGCCACGCCGCCGCUGACCAGCCGCGUCAUCCCGCUGCGGGAGAGCGUCCUCAACAGCUCCGUCAAGACCGGCAACGAGUCUGGCUCCAACCUCUCAGACAGCGGCUCUGUGAAGCGAGGCGACAAGGACCUGCGCCUGGGAGACCGGGUGCUGGUUGGUGGGACGAAGACUGGCGUGGUGCGGUAUGUGGGGGAGACAGACUUUGCCAAGGGCGAGUGGUGUGGCGUGGAGCUGGACGAGCCCCUUGGGAAGAAUGAUGGGGCAGUGGCAGGCACCAGGUACUUCCAGUGCCCGCCCAAGUUUGGUCUCUUUGCGCCCAUCCACAAGGUAAUCCGCAUCGGCUUCCCAUCCACUAGCCCAGCCAAGGCCAAGAAGACUAAGCGCAUGGCCAUGGGUGUCUCGGCGCUGACCCACAGUCCCAGCAGUUCCUCCAUCAGCUCUGUCAGCUCGGUGGCCUCCUCCGUGGGGGGCCGGCCCAGCCGCAGUGGCCUGCUCACGGAGACCUCUUCGCGCUACGCCCGCAAGAUCUCGGGCACGACGGCCUUGCAAGAGGCCCUGAAGGAAAAGCAGCAGCACAUCGAACAGUUGCUAGCUGAGCGCGACCUGGAACGGGCCGAGGUGGCCAAGGCCACGAGCCACAUCUGCGAGGUGGAGAAGGAGAUUGCCCUGCUCAAGGCACAGCAUGAGCAGUAUGUUGCAGAAGCCGAGGAGAAGCUGCAGCGGGCCCGGCUGCUGGUGGAGAGCGUGCGGAAAGAGAAGGUGGAUCUGUCCAACCAGCUGGAGGAGGAGAGGAGGAAGGUGGAGGACCUGCAGUUCCGAGUGGAGGAGGAGUCCAUCACCAAGGGAGACCUGGAGACCCAGACGCAGCUGGAGCACGCGCGCAUUGGGGAGCUGGAGCAAAACCUGCUACUGGAGAAGGCGCAGGCCGAGCGGCUGCUCCGAGAAUUAGCCGACAACAGGCUGACCACGGUGGCCGAGAAGUCACGGGUGCUGCAGCUGGAGGAGGAGCUGAACCUGCGGCGUGGGGAGAUCGAGGAGCUGCAGCAGUGCCUGCUACACUCUGGCCCGCCGCCCGCCGACCACCCUGAGGCCGCCGAGACCCUGCGGCUGCGGGAGCGGCUGCUGUCGGCCAGCAAGGAGCACCAGCGGGAGAGCAGCGUGCUGCGGGACAAGUACGAGAAGGCCCUGAGGGCCUACCAGGCAGAGGUGGAGAAGCUCCGCGCGGCCAACGAGAAGUACGCACAGGAAGUGGUGGACCUCAAGGCCAAGGUCCAGCAGGCCACCAGCGAGAACAUGGGGCUCAUGGACAACUGGAAGUCCAAGCUGGACUCACUGGCCUCGGACCACCAGAAGUCCCUGGAGGACCUCAAGGCCACCCUGAACUCGGGCCCAGGCGCCCAGCAGAAGGAGAUCGGGGAGCUGAAGGCCGUGAUGGAGGGCAUCAAGAUGGAACACCAGCUGGAGCUGGGCAACCUGCGGGCCAAGCACGACAUCGAGACGGCCAUGCACGUGAAGGAGAAGGAGGGCCUGCGGCAGAAGCUGCAGGAGGCCCAGGAGGAGCUGGCGGGGCUGCAGCAGCACUGGCGGGCCCAGCUGGAGGUGCAGGCCAGCCAGCAUCGGCUGGAGCUGCAGGAGGCCCAGGACCAGUGCCGCGACGCCGAGCUGCGGGUGCAUGAGCUAGAGAAGCUGGACGCGGAGUACCGGGGUCAGGCCCAGGCCAUCGAGUUCCUCAAGGAGCAGAUCUCCCUGGCCGAGAAGAAGAUGCUGGACUAUGAGCUGCUACAGCGAUCGGAGGCCCAGAGCAAGCAGGAGGCCGAGAGGCUGCGGGAGAAGCUUCUGGUUGCCGAAAACAGACUCCAGGCUGUUGAGUCCCUGUGUUCGUCCCAGCACACCAACAUGAUUGAGUCCAACGACAUUUCAGGGGAGAAGAUCAGGAUGAAGGAGACCGUGGAGGGCCUGCAGGACAAGCUGAACAAGAGGGACAAAGAGGUGACAGCCUUGACCUCCCAGGCCGAGAUGCUCAGGACCCAAGUAAGUGCUCUGGAGAGCAAGUGCAGGUCAGGCGAGAAGAAGGUGGACACCCUCCAGAAGGAGAAGCGGCGCUUGGAGGUGGAGCUAGAGGCCGUGUCCCGGAAGACCCACGACGCCUCGGGCCAGCUGGUCCUCAUCAGCCAGGAGCUGCUCAGGAAGGAGCGGAGCCUGAAUGAACUGCGGGUGUUGCUGCUGGAGGCCAAUCGCCACUCCCCAGGGCCGGAGAGGGACCUGAGCCGUGAGGUCCACAAAGCCGAGUGGCGGAUCAAGGAGCAGAAACUCAAGGAUGACAUCCGGGGCCUGCGUGAAAAGCUGACUGGGCUGGACAAAGAGAAGUCCCUGUCGGAUCAGAGGCGCUACUCCCUCAUUGACCCGUCCUCGUCCUCAGCGCCGGAGCUCCUACGGCUGCAGCACCAACUGAUGAGCACGGAGGACGUGCUGCGGGACGCGCUGGACCAGACUCAGCAGGUGGAGAGGCUCAUGGAGGCCAUGAGGAGCUGCCCCGACAAGUCCCAGGCCGUCAGCAAUUCCGGCUCUGCAAACGGCGUCCACCAGCAAGACAAGGCCCACAAACAAGAGGACAAGCACUGACCCUGAGGGACACUGGAGCAGCCCUGUCCACACCAGACUCCCUCUGGCCUGCCCCGGUGGCGCCCCUCCAAGCAGGGGCCAAGACUGUUGCUUUUGAGAUGAAUACAGUGUUUGUAACAAUAAUGUACCCACCGCCGCGGACAAUCCCCCAACCCCAACCCCCCUGCCGGACCAGGAGGCUUCCUCAAGCACGACCUUCCACCGAGAGCGGUACGGCCCCGCCUGGCCCCUGGGACCUUCAGCCUGGACACCCUGGACGCCCCAGCAGUUCCUGGAGUUGGUUUGGGGAGGCCGAGGCGAUCCGAUCCCGCCAGGCCCUUCUCCCCAGAAGGAGCUCCCCUGAGGACCGUCUUGGCCCCCUGCACAUGUCCCCUCUCUUUCCCCCUUCUCUUGAGUCCCCCUCAGACCCCAGAGAGCCAUCGUCCCAGGAAGGGGUCAGAGGAGGGCCCCAGCUUCUUGCAGGCACCAAGGAGGGAAGUCCAGUCCUUAGGAGCCAGGUGGGGAUUCCCUUUUCUACAGCCUCUUCCAGGCCAAGGCAGUCCCCAGGGCUUCCUGUCCCCAGUACUGAGCCUCUUUCAAACAGCGGUACAAGUUCCCCUCAGCUCGUCUGCCCAGUGAGGCCCCAGGUUCACAGUGUUGGGGGAGCAGGACCCUUCGUCCCCCGUGCCAACUCCAGCACACACACAGCUCCAAGCUGCUGGCCAGAGGGCAGUCACCGAGGCCAGGAGUCACAGUAUUAGGAAAGUUGGGAAGCCCCUCUCCUUCCCGCCCACCGACCCUGCACUGACCUGGCUUGGCGCUGGGGCAGGGUGGCCACAUGCUUUGGCUGGUCAGUAAUAUGGUGUCCCCUGGGUUGACUUGAUGUUCCCACCUGCAGAUUCAACCGUGCAGACCCUGACGUAUACACACGCUGACCCUGGGCACAGGCACACUCAGAGGGGUCACGCGUGCACAUGUGCUGUGUGGGGGGACAUCUGCAGUCAGCCACGUUCACCAUCGGGUUCCAGGAACGAGCCCCAGGCCUGGGAGGGCGGUGACCACACGCACCGCAACCUCGCUGUGCACAUACACAGCCAGAUAUACGUGGGGGAGCCUUCAGGGAGACGUGGGCCACACGUGUAUCAGAACACACAUAUCGCAACAGCCCCCUUCCAGUCUUACAAAGCACCUGCCUGGGGCUGUUUAGGUCCUAUCUCCUGUAGCCAAGGAAAGACCUCAAGGAUGAUGAAGGCAAGAAAAAUCUACCCACGUCCUCUGCUUCACCUCAAGCCAUGCCACGUCAUUGCAGCCUUAUGCAUGGUGGGAAAAGCCAGCGUCGGCCUGCAGCCCCCACCUCUAGAGCGGCGGGUCCACGGGUGACUGCCUUGUGCUGCAGCAUCUCCGUGGAGGGCCUGCCCCACCUCCCCCAGCUCAGGAGAGUGUUCAUGGGGGCUUCUCCCAGUGGGGGCUGCAGGGGUGCCCAGUGGCCCAUCAAGGCGUUCCUGAAUUGCGCCAGGACAGGUAUGCAGUUGGUGCCCUGGGAGCAGCCCAGGCAGCCUCUGAGUGCUCCCGGGUACAGUAGGGUGGUGGCCACGUCCUCGCCCAAAAGCAGCCCAUCCUGGGGGCGGCCAGUUAGUCCCAUCAGCCCCCUCCCGUCUCCCCGCUGGCUUUCGGCAGCUCUUGCAUGCGGUUUUAUUAACACCAGUCUAGAGGCAAUGCUGUAGUGGCUUAACCCAGAGUCAAAUACUGCUCUUUCCAGCAAAAUCAGGCAGCUGCCUUGCCCACUGGAGGCACCGAUUAGUCUACUAACAGCCAAAGGCCCACACCGGGAGGGGCUGGCAGGGGGCAUGUUCCCUGUGAGCAUCUGCGCCUGCCCAGUGUGAGCUCAGCCAUACCCCGUCCCCAAGUCCUCCCACACCAUUCCCUUCCCUUCCCCAAAGUGGAAUUGUUGAAGUGUGGCAAGUCCGUGCUCGAGACAAUAAAGCUUGUGACUGAGGUCCAGGA